UAUUCCUUUAAUCAUAGUUUCUUUUUUAGAUGUGACUUUUUAAAAUAAUGAUUCAGAUUCUCAGAUGGAAUAAAAGUGAAUGGUAAUAAGUAAAUUUGCACAAACUCUUAAGUUCAAGAUGAAUACCUGUUUCCGGCUAAAAUUAACUCACACUUGCUCUAGCGUGCUUCGUCGACGAUACAGAGCCCAGGCCGACACUGUUAUACAAACUAUCCCCUCCACUGGACCUGUCAGAAAGGAGAAACGAACAGAGGUUAUUGUAAACACAAAGUACGAUAAAUGUUCUGACCCUGUGUACGCCAAGUUAGUUUAUAGCUCUGAGGUGGAUGUAUUUCUGACAGCAAAGCGAGGAAAGGUUUGGUUGGAGAGGAUGUACGCAAGAUCUAUGGCGGCGGACAGAGAGUUGAAGGAUCGUGAGGUUGCUGCCAUGAAUCCAUCUCCUCCUAUAGCUCUACAAUAUCUCUAUGGAGGUUCCGCAGUUGUCCAAGGAGAAAAAGAUAUUACACCUGAGGAAACCUACGAGGCCUUGACCACCCACACCUUAGAGGGAAGGAUCUCCAGCAUCAUGGAGGAGGAGGAGAUGGUGAGCUUUCCCUACAGUGUACACCAGGAUAUACAUCAGCAACCUACAGAUACUAAACCAGUGCCUGGUCCUAGCACCAGCUCCACUAGUAGAGGAAGGAGAGGAAGAAGAAAACUCGAAAGAGAAGGACUUAAAUCCGAAGAUUACUCCUCCGAGGAUUAUGACGUAAUCAGGAAUGAUCUGGCGAACCCUGAGCUUCGGGAUCAGUUCAGUGAAGAUCAUCUCUUUAAGUUCGGAACUCCAAAUCCGUCCCUGCAGCCUAGUAAAAUACCUUGCGGUGGAUGUGGAGCAACACUUCACUCGACUGCUGAGAAUAUACCUGGAUAUAUACCGUCCCAGCUCCUGGAAGGGAAGAAGGAGGAAGAACUCAGAAGAUCUCUAUGCCAACGAUGUUACAUUAUUAAAGAAUACAAUAUUGCAUUAAAGGUUUCCGUAUCUCCUGAGGAUUAUCCUAAAGCUAUUGAGCACCUAAAGGACAAGGAUGCUCUGAUUCUGCUGGUGGUUGAUCUCCUGGAUUUUCCGGGUUCCGUCUGGCCAAAUAUCCUUGAUCUACUCGGGAAAAAUAAAAAAAUAAUUUUAGUCGGAAACAAGGUUGACCUACUGCUCCCGGACCAAUCCCGUUAUAUCAGAAAUAUUACUGAAAUCAUCAGAGAAGAGUUCCUCAAAAAAUGUUUUAACGAAUCCAACGGGAGCAUUUUUCCUAAAUUAAUCAGUGCCCUAUGUGUAAGUGCUAAAACUGGGUUUAACAUGGAGAUUCUAAUCGAUAAAAUAUUCAGAUAUUGGAGAUGGAACAAUAAUUCCUUACCAGGAGAUAUUUAUAUACUAGGUUGUACAAAUGUGGGAAAAUCUUCAAUCUUUAAUACGCUGCUGGAAUCUGAUCUUUGCAAGAUCCACGCCCUUGAUCUUGUACAGAAAGCUAUCACUAGUCCUGUACCCGGCACAACCCUUAAUCUUCUCAAGUUUCCGGUCACCAGACCUGAACCUCAAUUCAUCUGUGAUAGAACUGCCCGAGUAGCUCAGGCUAAUUACGCAAUAUCAUUACAAGAACAAGAGCGACUACAGAAUCUAUCAAGAUUUAAAAAAAUCGAGUUUGCUCUGCCCACAACAUACACAAUAACACACACCCUUAAAAAUUCUUUAAAAGAACGACAGCCUCAGAGUGGAUAUAUGGGGCUAACCGAAGUUGAGGACGUGAUACCUGAAAUACCGGAGGUUUUGGAUCCUCUUAAUCAAUUGUUCAGUUACGGUAAAUGGUGUUAUGAUUCUCCUGGAACAGUCUCCGAAGAUCAAAUAAUCAAUCUUCUCACAGCUGAGGAGAUAAAUAAAACCCUACCAACCUCUCCCCUGAUUCCUCGAACCCUCCUACUCCGGGUAGGACACACCCUCCUACUGGGCGGGCUGGGUCGACUAGACUAUAUUGAGGGACGGGACCUUCCUCCUGUCAGAGUGACCGUAUUCUGCACCAAUCAGCUCUCUAUCAACGUGGUUGAGACGGAGGGAGUUGAAGAGUUUCUGAACAAUGCUCCGGUUACUAAACUUAUCACAGUUCCUGAAGGUGGAUUGAAGAGAAUGCGAAGUUUUCCUUCUCUGCUCGGGAAAGAGGUUAGAUUGACCGGAGUGAGCGACAAGGUCGGGAGUAAAGAUAUAGUUCUGAGCUCAGCAGGUUGGGUGAUGGUUACACCCAAACGGGACGAGGAGUGUGUGUUUAUCGCGUAUACUCCGGGAGGGAAAGGAAUAACAAUGAGAUCUGCGUUUCUUCCUCUCUCCGUAAACCAACGGGGUAGAAGGAUACAAGGUUCUCCAGCCUAUAAGAAUGAUAGGUUCUGUUUGGAUCCCAUAGAGAUAUAGACAGUGAUUUAUCUAGAUCUGGGUAUAAAGAUAAGAAACCGAAAUAUGAAACUAAGUUGUAAUUAUCAAGAUCUAACUAAAUCUUAAACUUGAAAAUUCAGCAAUAUCAAGAUCUGACGGUUAAGGUAUGAAAGGAAUGUCGUAAUUUCAACGGAUCUUUUUUAUGUACAGAGGAUCAUGCCCGAUUCACAACGGUACCCUUUCAAUCUUUAUCUGAUCAAUAAUUCUGGAAGAUAUCGUCGAUUUUUCAAGCUUGAAAAGUCACAUUAUAGAGAAACCUCAAUUGAAAAUGAUCAACUUCCAAUUCCAAUUAUUGAUCCGUCAAAACUUUUAGAGGGCACCUUUGUAAGACGGACAUCCCAUUCUUUGUAAGAAAGGUCAAUUUUGAAUACGCCUUCUGUCCCUUUUAAGAUGAAGAUGCUAAGAUGAGAAAGAUGUAUUUAUUGCAGA